AUGGCCAUGGCCAUGACCAUGCGCACCAUGUGCACCAUGUGCACUGGCACCCCCAGUGCCACUGUGGGUGGGCAACCACCCUACCCAGCGCCCCGGGAGGGAGGCCGGCCCUCCUGCGGCAGGUUUCUGUGGAGUGACUACACGGUGGAGGUUCGUCUCAAUGACUACCUGGACAUCAUCUGCCCCCACUACGAGGAGGGCAGCGUGGACCCCCGGGCCAUGGAGCGCUACACGCUGUACCUGGUGGAGCUGGAGGAGUACCAGGCCUGCAAGCCCCGCUCCAAGGAGCAGAUCCGCUGGGAAUGCGACAAGCCCAGUGCCCUGCACGGCCCCGAGAAGUUCUCGGAGAAGUUCCAGCGCUUCACUCCCUUCACGCUCGGCAAAGAGUUCAGGGAGGGACACAGCUACUACUACAUCUCCAAGCCCAUCCACCACCACGGGGAAGCCUGCCUGAAGCUGAAGGUGACGGUGGCAGGCAAAGGCACUCCGGCACCGCCUGCCCCGGCCUCGACGCAGAAGGGGAGGAUCCAGGCAGACGACGCGGCCGCACACGUGCUGAGGAGCGUGGGGCAGAACUCGGCCAUGCGCAGCAGCAGCCGCCCCUUCACCUUUAUCAGCCUCCUCCUGCCCCUGCUGGUGCCACAGGGGCUCUGAGCUGCCCCUGGUGCCCGGACCCACCGAGGCUGUGGCCACUGGAGACCCCCGUGGUCCCCACACAUCUGCCCCGGGUGCCCUGCCCGGUGCACAUCUGGGCAAGGAAAGGAUUUGUGUCAGUAUUAUGGGGCUGGAAGACCCAAAAAGCCAUGGGAGCAGCUGGAGCCUUCAGGCUUUCCUGGCCCUUCCAGGAUGGUCCUGGCAGCCAGAGACCGAGCGGGAGCCUGGAGCUGGAGGGGCUGAGGUGCCCCAGACUGGAGAGGGGCAGGGGGCUGGCACCCCUGCCCCGCGGCCGAGCUCGCCCACCACCCUCGGGGCUUGGUGGGCUGGAGCUGGAGCGUGUCCUGCAGGCGGGGACGUGGGGGUGGCCAGGUGAGGCUGGUGCAGGGGGCCAACUACCCCCCAAUGUCAGUAGCCAGGGAGCACAGGCGGGCUGGAGAUGCCCCGCAGCCAGGGGAGCGGGGUUGUACCAAACAUCCCCCUCCUCACUGUGCUGCACCCCUACCCCGUCCCUCAUCCCCUGGCCCUUCCCCAUCCCUCCCCUCCGCUGGGUGCCGGAGGGGCCCCCCAGCACCCCCUUUGUACAGUUUUUGACACAGGAUUUUUUUUUAUACCAUUGUCGGGAAUAAAUAACCAAAACCACGCUGA